GGCGAGGCCCGGGCACCUCCCCCUUUAUAACGCGCCCCUUCCCGGGCUCUCGGGCCGCCUCCUCGUCGGCUCUUCCCGUCUCUCCCCCUCGCCUGGCCGCCCUGGGCCCGGGCCCGGCCAGGGAGUCCCCAGGCCGCGGCUCGGGGGCCACUCCCCCGCCCGCCGCCCCGCGCAGCCCGGCGGAGGCGGCGCCGGCGGAGGAGGAGGAGCAGGGCAUUGCGGCUGGCCCCGGAUCGGGCGCCAGAGAGGCAGCAGCUUCGGCAGCAGCGGCGGCCCGAGCUGAUGCAGCGGGACGCACCGCCCCGAGCCCCAGCCUCGGCGCCUCGGCUCCCCGCGCCCCCGAUCGCAGCUGCUGCCGGCAGUAGUGGCGGCGGCGGGGGCAGUGGCGGCGGCGGCGGCGGCGCCGCUGCAGCUCCAGCUCCCCCUGGUCUCCCGGGAACUACAAGUCCCAGGGGGCCUGGCGGCGGGCGGCGGGCGGAAGAGGCGGGGUCGGCGCCGCGAGGCCGGAAGUGGCCGUGGAGGCGGAAGUGGCGCGGCCGCGGAGGGGCCUGGAGCGCGGCAGCUGGACCUGGGGCGGGAGUGGCGGCGGCUACUGGAGGCGGCGGCGGUGCCCUGGAGGUGGCCAUGGCAAAGCACUACGACUCUGUGGAGUGCCCCUUUUGCGAUGAGGUGUCCAAAUAUGAGAAGCUUGCCAAGAUCGGUCAAGGCACCUUUGGAGAAGUGUUUAAGGCCAAGCAUCGCAAGACCGGCAAGAAGGUGGCUCUGAAGAAGGUGCUGAUGGAGAACGAGAAGGAGGGGUUUCCCAUCACAGCUUUAAGGGAAAUCAAGAUCCUCCAGCUUCUAAAACAUGAGAAUGUAGUCAACUUGAUUGAGAUCUGUCGAACCAAAGCUUCCCCCUAUAACCGCUGCAAAGGCAGUAUAUACCUGGUGUUUGACUUCUGUGAGCAUGACCUUGCUGGGCUGUUGAGUAACGUCUUAGUCAAGUUCACGCUGUCUGAGAUCAAGAAAGUCAUGCAGAUGCUACUCAAUGGUCUCUACUACAUCCACAGGAACAAGAUCCUACACAGGGACAUGAAGGCAGCUAACGUGCUCAUCACCCGUGAUGGGGUCCUGAAGCUGGCGGACUUUGGGCUGGCUCGGGCCUUCAGUCUGGCCAAGAACAGCCAGCCCAACCGUUACACCAACCGUGUGGUAACGCUCUGGUACCGGCCCCCAGAGCUGUUGCUUGGGGAGCGGGACUAUGGCCCCCCCAUUGACCUGUGGGGUGCUGGGUGCAUCAUGGCAGAGAUGUGGACCCGCAGCCCUAUCAUGCAGGGCAACACGGAGCAGCACCAGCUCGCCCUCAUCAGCCAGCUCUGUGGCUCCAUCACCCCUGAGGUGUGGCCAAACGUAGACAAGUAUGAGCUGUUUGAAAAGCUGGACCUGCCCAAGGGUCAGAAGCGGAAGGUGAAGGACAGGCUGAAGGCCUAUGUGCGGGACCCCUACGCGCUGGAUCUCAUCGACAAGUUGCUGGUGCUGGAUCCCGCACAGCGCAUCGACAGCGAUGAUGCCCUCAACCAUGACUUCUUCUGGUGUGACCCCAUGCCCUCAGACCUCAAGGGCAUGCUCUCCACCCACCUGACGUCCAUGUUUGAGUACCUGGCUCCGCCUCGCCGGAAGGGUAGCCAGAUCACGCAGCAGUCCACCAACCAGAGCCGCAAUCCUGCCACUACCAACCAGACGGAGUUCGAGCGUGUCUUCUGAGGGCCAGCUGCCAUUGCUUUCAUUAACGCCAUUGUUUGAUUUUUUUUUUUUUCUGCUAUGUGACUUGCGUUAUGGAGAUUACGGGACAUUUGAGUUUUUUUCUCUAGUGCAUAUUUUAUUAUUUAAUUGCCCAGGAUGCCUAUUUAAUUCCCAUCCUGGGCACUAGGAACAACCAGCCAAGGACUGGAGUGAAGCAUUGGCUGAAAGCCCAGGAAGGCACUGGGGCAGAUUCCCUGAUCUUGUGGAUGGUGCCAGAGGGUCUUCAUUUCCUUUAGGACAGGAAUAGGGGUGGGAGGAGAGGCUGCCCCACCAGUAACUUUUAGAGAGUUCCCAGCAUGAUGGGAGUUGGGGACAGGUCCUUCACCCGUUCCCUGAUCCUCCUCUUGGGAUGAGAAAUGUGUGUGAGGGACACAGCUAGCCUCAGGAAUGGGCUGCUCUUGGCCUAAUCCUUAGAAGCAUUGGGACUGACAAAAACUCUUGGUUUCUUCAAUAGAAAAAUUUUAUCUUAUUUCUUUUGUUCACUUGUUUGGAGAUACACCUGGAUGCGGUUUGGUCAGUUACAAUUAAAAGCUGACUUUUUUUUUUUCCAGUAA